GGAAGGAACGAUGGGUGUGUGAGGGUUCCCAAGGGCCAUUUUGACACAAAAGUGGUUUAUUCCAAAAUUGAUGAUAUAAAAGACAGAGGGGAAAAGGGGAAAAUAUUAACAGCUGGAAUGAGGAUGGCCAGUGUGCAGUUCCGGGCCCGUCGGGCUGCGGAGCCGGCAGAACCAGAACCUGAACAUGAAAAAGAGCCAGAACAAGUAGAGGAGCCAGCUGCCCACGUCCCUCCAGCACACCACCCCGGCCACCACAACUAUGACCACAUGAAGAACAAGUUCAUGAAUGAGAUUGGCCAUCUGCCACUCCCUAUGUGGGCAGUUGGGGCCAUCGUCGUAGUGGUGCUGGUGCUGGUAGGAUGCUGCACCUUCUGCCUCUUCAAAAAAUGCUUUGGGAAAAAGAAAAAAACAAAGAAAGUGAGGGAGAGGAAGGCUGGCCGCCGGAGGAAGGCAGACAACGAAGGGGGAGGAGAGGGUGGCGAUAAGGAAGAAGGGGAUAAGAAAGAAGGGGAAGGAGAGGAGAAGGAGCAGGAGAAGCUGGGAAAACUGGAGUUCUCCUUGGACUACAACUUCACAGAUGCCCAGCUUAUAGUGGGUAUCCUCCAGGCUCAGGAUCUGGCUGCCAUGGAUAUGGGGGGUACCUCAGACCCCUAUGUAAAAGUCUACCUGCUCCCAGACAAAAAGAAGAAGCAUGAAACUAAGGUCCAGCGCAAGAACCUGUGUCCGGUUUUCAACGAGACCUUCAUCUUCAAGAUCCCGUACACGGAGUUGGGAGGGAAGAUCCUCGUGUUGCAGGUCUUCGACUUUGACCGUUUCUCCAAGCAUGAUGUGAUUGGGGAGAUAAAGAUCCCCAUGAACAGUGUGGAUCUGGGACAACCAAUGCAAUGUUGGAGGGACCUGGAGAACAGUGAAAAAGAAGAGGCAGAGAAACUGGGUGAUGUCUGCAUCUCCUUGCGCUACGUACCUACUGCUGGCAAACUCACUAUCAACAUCAUGGAGGCCAAGAACCUAAAGAAGAUGGAUGUUGGUGGCUUAUCAGAUCCAUUUGUGAAGAUUGUUCUGCAGCACAAUGGGAAACGGAUCAAGAAGAAGAAGACAACUGUCAAGAAGAACACACUCAACCCUUACUUCAAUGAGAGCUUCAGCUUUGAGAUUCCCUUCGAGCAGAUUCAGAAAGUGCAGGUCGUCAUAACAGUGUAUGACUACGACAAGCUUGGGAGCAACGAUGCAAUCGGCAAGACCUUCAUGGGUUACGGUGCCACAGGAGUGGGUCUCAAACAUUGGUCCGAAAUGUUGGCCAAUCCCAGACGUCCAGUUGCCCAAUGGCAUGUCCUCUGCCCAGAGGAGGAGGUGGAUGCAGCUCUGAAGGUCCCACCUCGUUAAUAAUCCCUCGACAUCCUUGGAUCAUUAAUGUUAUCCACAAGGAAAUCAAAACAUUUUUGAUAUGUCUUGUCAGUGUUAUUAAGACCUCUUUGUAUGUUUGCCUCUGUCUGUUUUUCUGUCACCUCUUUUUGGCGUACUUUUUUUGUUAAGUGUGUGUGUGUUUGUACGCGUGGGUUUGUACGUGUGUGUGCAUGUGCACGCAUGGCAGCAUGAGCGUUCAUGUGUUUGUGUCUCUGACGCCAUUGGAUGUUUUUAAAAUGACCUGCAUUUGUCUCAAUGUUCAGGAAUGAUUAUAGCCCCUACUAUGUUAUUUAGUUGUUUUAUAAAACAUCCCUCUGUUGGUUUCUAAAUGUAGGCCUAGAUGUAAAAAAAUAUAUAAUAAUAAUAAUUAAAAUAUGCACCCUUGUUAUAUGGCCUUAUAGGCUACAGACAAUCAGAUGAAGGAAUUCAAUUGGUUUUUGACUCAUUGAUAAUGAUUUUGUGAACUGUCAUGUAGGCCUACGUUAAAAACAUAAUUAGUGGCAGUGGUUAUAGUUAGAAUUAAGAUUGCAUUAUGUUUUGCUUGUUGGUCGUAAGAUACUUCAACUAUACUGAACCGAAAUAUAAACGCAACAUGUAAAAUGUUGGUCCCAUGUUUCAUAUGCUGAAAUAAAAGAUCCCAGAAAUUUUCC